AAUGUUUAGCAAAGGAAGGCUCCUUCCAUCAGCAACCGACAGAACAGUGUUUUUUUGUCUGACUCCAGGCCCUUCCCACCAGCCCCUGGGUGGCCACCAUGUGGCCUUAAUGGCGUGGGUGGAAAAAUCAGGAAGAGUCCCGGGACAUGCCUGUGGCAGCUGCUCACUUUCUUUCAGCCUUUUCAAACUGAGUGGCUAUGACAGUCACCAGAGAAAUGAUUGUUUUGAGCACCAACAUGGGAUCACAGCUAGACACCAACUUUUCCCCAGAGACUGGAUACCAGCAAUGCUUUCCCCAACGAGUAUGGAAGUGGAUCAGAUGGCAUGUCCUCCGGGUGCACGCGCAGGAAGACAGAGCGGGAAGGGCGGCCUCGGAGCCUGCGGGUCCAUGUACAGAGAAGGAAGCCCAGGCCAGUCCAGCACCGCAGAAUGUGCUGAGCGAACAGAAAGGGGCGCAAGCCAAACGAGUACACCUAGAGAUAUGUACUUUUCACAGCAAGGACAAUCACGCCCUCCACUGAGCAUGCUUCGUUUCGGCAGAGUGGAUUUUGCACUGAGACCCAGUGAUGUAUCAGACAUGUUCCUUCCGGCCCUGAACACACUGGGUACAAAGCGACAAGCUCAUGUCACAGUAGAAAGUUGGGAGAGUUUGCACCUGCAGUUGGGUGACACGUUGUGUCUCAGUGUCCUCAUCGGUAAAUUGGGGAUGAAAGUAUCGAUACCAGAGACUCACUGUGAGUGUUCAUGGGAAUGCGUUGUAAAGUUCAUAGUCAAUUCUGUUAAUAAAGCAUCAGGACAAAAGCUUGGCAUUUUAAUUCUCCUCAGUUUAAGCCAGGAUGAGGACAGGGGAGUGAAAGUGGUGAAGGGCGCCCUGUAG